GAUAAAAUUAAGGCCGGCAGAAUCCAAGAUGGCUUCAAACCCUCCUGGACAAGGCUUUCAGAAUAAAAACAGGGUUGCAAUCUUGGCUGAGCUAGACAAGGAGAAGAGGAAGCUACUGAUGCAAAACCAGUCUUCCACAAAUCACCCUGGAGCCAGAGUUCUGCAGCCACUCUACCAAACAUAUGAACUCCCCAUCAUGAAGACUAUGGACCCCUGCAUCUCGCUUGCUAGAUCCUCCCUUAAUAAGGAUUUUCGUGAUCAUGCAGAGCAACAGCACAUAGCGGCACAGCAGAAGGCUGCCUUGCAACAUGCUCAUACACAUUCUUCAGGAUACUUCAUCACCCAGGACUCUGCAUUUGGAAAUCUCAUUCUUCCUGUAUUGCCACGGCUUGAUUUAGAGUGAGAACUUGAUUUAGUGUCCUUCGAAUGAAGGCCGUUGAGGUGCA